UUGGCAAAAAAAAAAAAUGGGAGAAAAUAGGGUGACGGGAGGAAGUCUUUCCCCUUAUUAUUUAACACACGCGCCGGUUCGAUUUCUACUCAUUUAUUCAUUUUUUUCUAAAAUUUUCGUUGCGUCCUGCAACCUUUUCAAUAGUCGUUGACUCCACACACUCAUAAACAUGUAAGCGUGUGCUGUAAUUUUGUGCGCAUUUACCUAUCACUCCACUUCUGACAUUAUGCGCAUGUUCAACCGGAUAUUGUCCUGAGGAAGAACGUGUGAGCCUAACGUUGAUGGUGUCAUAUCCGUUUGAAUGAAUAACCCAUCUAACAGUAACCUAUAAAUUAAUAAAUAAGUAGUCAUAUUUCUCUAUUUUAUUAUAAUGUAUAUACGUAGUAGUAGUCCUUCUAGAAGCACUAUCUCACUUCGCCACUAUAAAGUGAUAUUUGAUUGCUAUAUGUAAACAUUAUUUAAUCAAUGAAAGACGAUUUUAUGAGACUAUCAGAUGAUACAAGCAUAAGAGAACAUUUUUUAACUUCGGAUACAUCACUAUUUAUCAUCAUUUAAAAACUAAAGGAAGAUGUUAUUCAGAAGAGAUAUAAAACUGUUUAUGUAAUUACUGUGAAAUAUUUUCCUCUGAAAAACCUCUGUGUUGUCUGGGACAUGAAAUAGAUGAUUUUACAUUUUAAUUAAACUUGGACAAAUUUUACAAAAGGAUUUGCGGUGACUUCAGAUAUCAACAAAAUCAGAGAUGAUGAAAAUAUAGAAAAUUGGAAGAGGAUAAAAUACUUAAACAAAAGUAAUUUAUACAUUAUUUUUUCUCUUUUUGUGGUGAAAAAAGAACAAUGAUGGAAAAUGAAUUAUGUGGGAACCUGGUUAAGUGUAAAACAGAGCCUGAAAGUAUUGAUUUUCCUGAAAAGAUGCUUAAAGAGAUAAGAAAAACAUCAUAUUACUGUGAUAUCUGUAAAAAGUCAUUUGCUCAAAAAAGUAACCUUACAGCUCAUAUACGUAUUCAUACGGGAGAAAAACCAUACCAGUGUGAUAUGUGCGGUAAAUCAUUCUCACGAAACGAUGAUUUAAGCAUACAUAUUCGUCUUCAUACAGGAGAGGAGCGACAUCGCUGUGACAUUUGUGGUAAAUCAUUUUCUCAUGGAAGUACAUUGACUACUCACAAACGAACUCAUACAGGAGAAAAACCAUAUCACUGUGAUAUUUGUGGUAAAUCAUUCUCUCAAAAUUCUCACUUGACUAAGCACAAACGCAUUCAUACAGGAGAGAGACCAUAUCAGUGUCAUAUCUGUGGUAAAUCAUUUUCUCGCAUAUAUACCUUAACUGCUCACAUACGCAUUCACACAGGUGAAAAGCCAUAUCAUUGUGAUAUCUGUGGUAAACCAUUCUCUCUAAAAAGUCACAUAGCUUCUCACAGACCCGUUCAUACAGGAGAGAAACCAUAUCACUGUGAUAUCUGUGGUAAAUCAUUCUCUCAAAAGUAUCAUUUCAAUAAACAUAUGUGUAUUCAUAUGCAAGAGAAACCAUUUCAGUGUGAUAUCUGUGAUAAAUCAUUUUCUCAGAAAUGCCAGCUAAGUGCACAUGUACGUGUUCAUAUAGAAGAGUAAUUGGGUCUGUCAAAAUCCCUUCAAUGAGAAAAAAAUAUGCCCAUAAAUAUAUUCACACAGGACAUGAGACACAUAAGGACAUAAGUGUGAUAACCUCCUCCCAACAUGUAUUUUAUUUAAUCACAACUAUGUCUGCAUUUGGGAGAUAACUUACAACUGUGAUAUUGUUAAUAAAAGCAUUGUUUUUUAGCAGGAAGAAAAGAUUCUAUUAUUUUAUGUGACGUUGAGGAUAAAUGGCUAAGAAAUGUAUACUCAUGAAUCAAGGACAACAUCACCGAAGAAUACACAAACCACAAAAGAAACCAUUUCAGUUUACCAUUAGAUGAUGUGUGAGAUAUCUGAUGGAUAUUCUAGAUUACACAUGUAUCCUGUCAAGGAAUUCAUACAUAAACUUCUUUAUUUAUAGCAUCUUUCCUAAAAAAAAAACUUAACGUUUAAGCUGAAUGCUAAUUUACAAGUGUAACUGUAAACUUCAACCUAAUGUCAUUUCAAAAAUGGUGAUAUUUGUGAACUAUCUUCAGUGUUUAUAUGUUAAUUCUACAUGCUGUCAUGAGUGGGACAUAGCUCUCCUCCAAGAUAUAACAUCAACUUUUGUCAAUGUUUUGUCUCGCUCAGAAUCUUGAAUUCUGACUCCUUAGGCAUUGCAAAUAUUUUUAAUAACCUAAAAUAUAAAUAAAGCUGAUUUAUUCUAAA